AUGAGUCAAGCAACAGCUCCCUACUAUGCGGAUUAUCUUCCAUACUACAUCUUCUUCUUGGCCAUGUGCUCCCUUUACAUGGUCAUUGGCACCACCAUCUCGACUCGCAAGGUAUUCGGCCAGCUUUACUUCCAAAACAGCAACAUCACAGGUCCCGGAAUGCGUAUAUGGGUUCCGUGGAUGAUGAUCUCGACAGGUGUGCGGCUAGGCCUGUUCUUUCACUUUGGAGACAAAGCGUGGCACGAUGCGACCAUGAUAACUUUUGCGGCGCCGAUUUGGUAUUGGAUGACUGAGUAUUUCAUUUACAAGACCGUGCUGAACUCGCAAUUCGCUACUUCGAUGACAUUCGAGAUCACGGCAUUUUCAUGGCUGUGGCUCACGAGAGACUAUGUGACUGGUGGCUAA